AAAAAUCAGUUAAUGACAACGAAUGUCUGGUUGAAACAGGAAUGGAUAGAUGCAAAAUUAAGAUGGAACCCUGAUGACUAUGGUGGAAUAAAAGUUAUCCGUGUCCCAUCAGACUCUCUCUGGACCCCAGACAUCGUUUUGUUUGAUAAUGCAGAUGGACGUUUUGAAGGGGCCAGUACGAAAACAGUCGUCAGGUACAAUGGCACUAUCACCUGGACACAGCCGGCAAACUACAAAAGUUCCUGUACUAUAGAUGUCACGUUUUUCCCAUUUGAUCUCCAAAACUGUUCCAUGAAGUUUGGCUCAUGGACAUACGAUGGAUCCCAGGUUGAUAUAAUCCUAGAGGACCAAGAUGUCGACAGGACAGAUUUUUUUGAUAAUGGAGAAUGGGAAAUUGUGAGUGCAACAGGGAGCAAAGGGAACAGAAGUGACAGCUGCUGCUGGUACCCCUAUGUCACCUACUCCUUUGUAAUUAAGCGGCUGCCUCUCUUUUACACCUUGUUCCUGAUUAUACCUUGUAUCGGGCUCUCAUUUCUGACUGUAGUUGUCUUCCAUCUCCCCUCAAACGAAGGUGAGAAGAUCAGCCUGUGCACCUCAGUGCUUGUCUCGCUGACUGUCUUCCUGCUGGUUAUUGAAGAGAUCAUCCCCUCAUCUUCCAAAGUGAUACCUCUGAUUGGGGAGUACCUGGUGUUUACCAUGAUUUUUGUGACACUAUCGAUUAUGGUGACUGUCUUUGCCAUCAACAUUCACCAUCGUUCUUCCUCAACACACAAUACCAUGGCACCCUGGGUUCGCAAGGUGUUUCUUCACAAGCUUCCUAAGCUGCUUCGCAUGAGAAGUCAUGUAGAUAGGUACUGCACUCAGAGGGAGGAAGAUGAGCAUGGCAGUGGACCAAAAUCCAGAAAUACGCUGGAGGCUGCACUGGACUCUAUUCGGUAUAUCACAAGACAUGUCAUGAAGGAGAAUGACGUCCGUGAGGUUGUUGAAGACUGGAAAUUCAUAGCCCAAGUUCUUGAUCGGAUAUUUCUGUGGACUUUUCUUCUGGUCUCCAUUGUGGGAUCUCUUGGGCUUUUUGUUCCUGUUAUUUAUAAAUGGGCCAAUAUAGUAGUACCAGUCCACAUGGGAAAUACAAAUAAAUGA